AUGGGAUUCAGAUCACUGCUCGUUUUGAGCUCACUGCUCUUCUCUGGGUUUGUCCUUGGGCAGACCGCUUCCGUUGACCCCGAGACCAUCCUCGGACCCGUUUCUCCAGUAUCAGGAGACAGCGGAAGAUACAUCGUCAAGUUCUCCGGGGCCGGUUCAGCGAAGUUCAGGAAGCGUGACGGUACACCGGAUUCGGAAGGCUUCUUCGCCACCCUGGCGGAAUCUGGCAAGGACGCCUCGCCUGCUGUGAGCUUCAACUCCCAGCUUUUCCAUGGCGCUUCGUUCGACCUCAAGAACGGCUCCGCCGAAUCAGUCGCAGACAUCCAAGCUUUGCCUGAGGUUGAAAAGGUCUGGGCAGCUGCUCUCUUCAGCAUUCCUGUCACUGGCGAAGCCGUUGUCGAGUCUCAGUUUCCCACCUGGAACCCCCAUAACGACACCAACGUGGGGCUGGCACAUGCUAAUGGGUAUCUCGGCCAAGAUGUCGUCGUGGCCGUUGUUGACACUGGAAUCGAUUACAACCACCCCGCUCUCGGUGGUGGCUUAGGCUCUGGUUUCAAGGUUGAGAGCGGCUUCGACUUCGUUGGAGACGCCUACGUACCAGGCGACAUCUACAUCCCUGACGAGGACCCUAUGGAUUGCAAUGGCCACGGCACUCAUGUUGCUGGUAUUAUUGCUAGUAGCAACGAGUUCGUCCCGGGCGUUGCACCAUCUGCGAAACUACGCGCCUACAAAGUCUUUGGAUGCGGUGGCAGCACGUACGAGGAUGUCAUCAUCGCUGGCUUUCUGCGGGCCCAUGAAGAGGGCGCUGAUAUUGUCAGUGCUUCUCUUGGAUCCAAUCGCGGCUUCGCAGAUACUCCUCUUGCUGAGGUGGCGACAGCUAUCCAAGCUGCUGGCACCUUUGUGUCGAUUGCAGCAGGGAACGCAGGUGAAACUACUCGAGAUGGACCUUGGUACACAAGCAGUGGUGGCAACGGCAUCGGCAGCACUACUGUUGGCAGCGUCGAACAUGACGAGCUGGUGGCCUGGACCUUGGUUGCGCGCUCCAGCAAUGGUGAAUCCAGAGAGAUCACAACGGAGUACAAUGGAAUGUCAAUGGUUCAUUCCAAGCGUCGUGGCCUUCGGACCCUCGAGACCAUACCGCAUGCGGAUACCCUUCUGCCAUCCCAGAGACAAACGUUCUGGUCAUUCCGUAAGAAGCUCCGAUUCAUGUGCUUCGAGUGA